GAAGUCUCAGCGCUCUGUCUAAUGCUAUAAUCACAAAAAGACGUGUCCACACACUUCAUCUUUUUAAAGGACGUUCCAUCUUGCAAUGAAUACAUUGUCAACUUCUCCAUACCCAGUAGACACGCCGGAGCCGAAAUGAAGGCAGGGGCUUCGUCUGUGUGGGCUUCAUGCUGCGGUCUGCUGAAUGAAGUUAUGGGUACUGGAGCCGUCAGAGGUCAGCAGCCAGGGUUCGGGGCCGGCGCCGGACCCUUUAGGUUUGCACCCAGUGCAGGAUACUCCACAUACCCGCCCACCAGCUCAGGGAGUCCCAGCCUUGUGUGCAAGUCCUGUGGUCUGGCCUUCUCGGUCUUCAGGAGGAAGCACAUUUGUAGCGACUGCAAGAAGAGCUACUGCUCUCUGUGCUCCGUGCUUCUGGAGAAUGUGCGCAUCUGUGCCACGUGUCAUUUGCUGAAGGCAACAUCCUUCCAGCGGCCGCGGCUCAUGCGACUGAAGGUCAGGGACCUGCGGCAGUACUUGCUGCUCCACAACGUCCCAACAGACACUUGCAGGGAAAAAGAAGACCUGGUGGACCUGGUGCUCUGUCACCAAGGCAGCGAAGGAGAGGACGAGCCCGACACAAGUAGCCUGCACUCGCGAUCCCUGUACACGCCGCCCCCUUCGACCACACAGUCUGCCUCGGAGCUGUCCGCACUCGCUGCCUCUCAAGAGGAGCCUCUCAGCAGGAGUGAUAGUUCUGAUACCAACGAGGACAUUGGUGAUGCAACAUCGGUGUCACUCCUAAACUUGGAUCCUAGUGAUAACACACCUGAGACGAGUCCUCAGGCGCGCCGUCGGCUCAGAGCAUCUCUCACGGACAUCUCCAGCCUGAGGGACAUUGAAGGCCUCUCUGUCAGGCAGCUGAAGGAGAUCCUGGCUCGGAACUUUGUCAACUAUUCAGGGUGCUGCGAGAAGUGGGAGCUGGUGGAGCGAGUCAGCAGACUUUACAGAGAGACUGAGGAGAACAGGAAAUCGCUGGAAAAUGUGAGCAGUACUGUAACCAAAGGUAAGCGCCCGUUGGUGGCCUUCCCCCCUCCUAUCUGCAAUGGGGCCAUUGGAGACGGCGAGAAGAACCCGCUGAUGUUCCGCGACGAGAACCUGUGCAGGAUCUGCAUGGACGCCGCGAUCGACUGCGUUCUGCUGGAGUGCGGCCACAUGGUGACGUGCACAAAGUGCGGCAAGAGGAUGAGCGAGUGCCCCAUCUGCAGGCAGUACGUGGUGCGGGCCGUGCAUGUCUUCAAGUCCUAACGCACUCAGACGGUACCUUGCUUCCAUCUUCAUUAAUGCUCCUCAUUGGAGAAAUAUCUUCUAUUCUUUCCAGUAAACAUUCUUCCCUCCAGUCAUUCACAUUAUCGUAUUUUUCAGACUAUAAGUCGCUCCGGAGUAUAAGUCGCACCGGCCGUAAAUGCAUAAUAAAGAAUUUAUGAGAGCCAACAAACAGUAAAACUUCACUUACAGACUUACUGUACAAUGUCUGCGGUCAUUAGGAUGAUGACUGCGGGCAUGUUCAUAUAUUCCUGUUCAGAUGAAAAUUACUCAAUCGUCUCGAAACUGCGUGGGGAGGUGGCGGGGACAAAGCGACUUUUCGUGUCGUUCUCGCAAGUUCUGGCUCCUAAAUGGCUGUCAAAGUGUGCCAACUUGUCGGAUUACAUUCUCAGCCAUCUACUUUCCAGGUGAGAAGCAUGAUUUAUGAUCUACAAUAAACUUCAAAGGAGCAGGGAAGCGAGGAAACGGCACACCACUCGAUGAUGUAAACAUAAGGACACGCGGUAGUGAUCACGUUGCCGCUAAAAAUAGUUUGUCGGCAUUCGCGCUACUAAUAACAAUAUCACUAUCGUAUUUUUCGGAGUAUAAGUCGCACCGGCCGAAAAUGCAUAAUAAAGAAGGAAAAAAACAUAUACAGUAUAAGUCGCACUGUAGUAUAAGUCGCAUUUUUUGUGGAAAUUUAUUUGAUAAAACCCUACACCAAGAAUAGACAUUUGAAAGGCAAUUUAAAGGCCUAAUGAAAUGCAAUUUUCUUAUUUAAACGGGGAUAGCAGGUCCAUUCUAUGUGUCAUACUUGAUCAUUUCGCGAUAUUGCCAUAUUUUUGCUGAAAGGAUUUAGUAGAGAACAUCGACGAUAAAGUUUGCAACUUUUGGUCGCUGAUAAAAAAGCCUUGCCUGUACCGGAAGUAGCAGACGAGUAGCGUGACGUCACAGGUUGUGGAGCUCCUCACAUCUGCACAUUGUUUACAAUCAUGGCCACCAGCAGCGAGAGCGAUUCGGACCGAGAAAGUGACGAUUUCCCCAUUAAUUUGAGCGAGGAUGAAAGAUUUGUGGAUGAGGAAAGUGAGAGUGAAGGACUAGAGGGCAG